AUGUGGGCGUGCGAGUGCGGUUUCAGCAACCGGGAGUCAAAUACCGUGUGCGGAGGCACCGGGCAGUUAGGCUGCAAGGCCCCCCGCCCGACAGCGGCCGCGGCUCGAAACGGCUACGGCGACAAGGGCUCGGAGUGGCAUUGCAGCUGCGGGUUCCGGAAUCGAAGCCACAACACCGUCUGCGGCGGCACCGGGCGCCUUGGCUGCCGCCAGGCUCGGCCGCCGCCGGGGCCGCCGGCUGCGCCGCCGGACGCCCGCGCCGCGUUCGCGACGACGCUCACGCCACCGCCGCCGCCGGGGCUGGAGCCCCCGAGGGAGGAGCGAGAAGGACAGCCUGAUGUGUGGUAUUGCGGCUGUGGCUUCCGUAACCGGCCCACGAACACCCGCUGCGGCGGCAAUGGCACCAUGGGCUGUGGCCUCGCGCGCCCGGUGGAGACCCCCGAGCCGGCGCUGGCGCCUCCGUUGCCUCCGUUGGCGCCUCCUCCAUGGGUACCGGCGGUUUUGGAGCAGGAGGAGAAGGAACAGGGUGCAAUUGAUGCACCCCAAGCUGCAAUUGAUGCGCCCGCGGGCGCUGCUUCCGGCGGAGCCUGGGUUUGCAGCUGCGGAUGGAGGAAUCAGGCGUGCAACGACAAGUGCGGGGGCUUUGGCCCGCUGGGCUGCAAGACGGCCCGGCCGCAGGAGCCAGAGCCCGUCAAGGAACAGGUGAAGUGGCUUUGCAAAGGCUGCGACUCCGAGAACGCGGGCGAAGCUUUGCUGAGCUGCAGCUUCUGCGACACGGCGCGGCGCUUCAAAGGCGUGCUGAAGUCCAUAGGUGGGGACUACAGCUUCAUCUCCUGCCCAGAAACUGUGGCGGCGUACGGCCGCGAUGUGUACGUAAGCAAGGCGGUGCUGGGUUCCGCAUUCCGGCGAGGAGGCAGCGCCACUAGCGGCCUUCCGGUAAGCUUCAGCAUCUGCCUCAACGACGCCAAGCAGCCCAACGCAAGGCAUGUCUACCCGCUGGAGCGAGGCGCUGCCGAGGAUGAGGCCUUCCACGGCACAGUGAAGUACAUGUCCGAGGAGAAGGGCUACGGCUUCAUCGAGUGCCAGGAGACCAUGGACUGCUUCGGCAGUGAUGUGCACGCAGAUUUGGAGCACCUGCGCCAGUGCUCCCUGGGCCAGCCCGUGGUCUUCCGGAUUAGGCUGGGCGCCAUCGGGGGUCGCCCGCAGGUGCGGCAGCUGUCGGUGGCCGGCCCCGCGCCGGAGGCCCUGCCGGGGAAGAGUGCCCAGGGCUUCGCGGCGGAGCUCACCGAGCAGCACUGGGCGCAAGCGCUGCUGCUGGGGGAAGGCGACUUCUCCUUCGCCGCCGCGGCGGCGGUGCGGCACUCCAAUGCCAACCUGGUCGCCACCACAGUGAUGAAGGAAGACAUCUGGCGGGAGAGGUUCCCUGAGCACGGCGUGGUGCUGGAAAGCCUGCGCGCAUGUGGCCACAGCGUCCGCUUCGAAGUGGAUGCGCGCGAGGUGGACUGCUCAGGGUACCGCCUGGUGGUCUUCAACUUCCCAGCCGUCUCCGCACAGGAGGCGGACGCUGCUUCGGGCGAGAAGGACGAGAGCUCCUCCGGCGCCCUGGCGCGGGCGUUUCUGCGGAACGCGGCGCGCAGCGGGGACGACCACGCGCUGGUGGUGCUGGGCCUCUGGGGCCGCUGCGACGGCAAGGCAGACUCCCGCCUCUACGGACAGGAUGCCCACGAGCUGGUGGCCUCGGCCGUCGCGGAGGAGAAGCGCCUGGAAGAUGCCCUGCCAGAUGGCUACGUGCGGAGUGGCGUGCAUGCGGACUACGGCUUUUACACGCCCUAUGCAGAGGAGGGCUACAACUUCCGCACCAACUGCACUGCCACCUUCGAGAACUCGCACAAGGAGUGGCACCUCCAGGCUUGCUUCGUGCUGAGACUUGCAGCGAAGGAGCCCGGGUAA